AUGAAAUUAUUUAAUCGUGCAAUUACAAAGCAUUAUAUUAAGUUUUUAUCUUCUCAUGGAAAAGUCAACAUAAAAGAUAAAUUGGGUAAAACAUUUCCACAUUAUGUUGUUGAACUUCUUAUUUCGCAUGGAGUAGAUAUCAAUGUUAAAGAUAAUCAAGGAAAAACAGCACUUCAAUAUGCCACAGAGGUUGAGAAUAAUGAAAUUAUUAAACUUCUUACAUCUCAACAAUGUGAUAAAUAA